ACAGUCUGGUCAAGCUUCUGGUUAAGAGUCUUUAAGCACUACCAGAAAUGGGCUUUUCCAAUCAACUGAAAAUGCUACACUUUCCAAACAGCUACUGGGAGCAACAGUGAGUGACAGUUUAUUAUCUUUAAAUACAGAGCUGCUAGACUUCUGGCUUAAUCAAAGUUAACUAACAAAUGGAAGAAAAGUGGUAUUAUACAGAAAACAAUGGCAGUGGAGAUAACCGUCAAAAUACUCAAAGGCGGAGCGAUUCAGUUUCUAGUUCAUCAAGGCGCAUCCACCGAGCUCUUGAAAAACUGGUAUCUAAUUCAGCAGUGUCUUUGGAUCUGAGUCGAAAAGAUCUACAACAUCUUACUGCAGAAAUAUAUAGAUUAUUUAACCUUAGAUAUUUACAUCUGGAAGGAAAUGCCAUUUCUGUAAUUCCUGAAGAUUUUUUUCAGAGCCUGUCAAAUCUUACUUGGCUAGAUCUGCGCUAUAAUAAAUUGAAAGAGCUUCCUUCUGGGAUUGGAUGCCACAAGCAGCUGAAAACUCUCCUGUUAGAAAGAAAUCCUAUUACAAGGCUACCAGUGGAGCUUGGUAAUGUAGCUUCACUUACAGCCUUAAAUCUCAGGCAAUGUCCUCUAGAAUUUCCCCCUCUUGAAGUGAUACAAAAGGGUCUGUCAUUCAUUUUAUGCUUCCUCCGAAAGAACUGUCAUCAAAAUAUUGAAUAUGCAGAGUCUAUUUCUCCAGACUUGCCUUCUCCGCUAGAACAAGAAGCAAAGGCCAUUGUUAGAGAAUACAAGAAAAAAUGUGACAGACCACCUGAUCGUAGGAAAGCUUUCAACGCUUUGUGGAAACAGAUAAGCCUCUUUAAUUUAAUUCGGUUUAAACCCAGAAGCGCUCGAAGAAUCAGUAGUGUGUCCAGUAAAGAAAUGCCUCCUGUUGAAAAAUUAAAUUUGGCAGACAUCAUGAAAUCCAGUUUGGAUUUGUCAGACGGAUGGCCUAAUGAGGAGGAGAUGAUACGAUUUAAGAAGCUAAGGGAUGAACUUAUCCAAGAUGAAAGACAAGAGUAUCCUGAAGAGAAAAUAAUAACCAAUGAAUCUAUGCCUACAUUAAUGAGAACCAGGACAAAGGAAAGCAUCUCUCGUAAAUCAUCUAUACUUUCAUCAAGGGAUAAAAAGAAUCUGUUUCCUGCUGCUUCAUCAUAUGAUUUCAUAAUCCAGAGUAAAAUGGCAGAGGAGUGCAGAUUGGCAGCAUUAAAAGAAAUGAGGGAAAAACAAGCUUUAAUUGAACAGCGGAGAAAAGAUAAAGAAGUUCUUCAGAAAUGGAGAAAACAGGCCAGGAAGAUAAGAGAAAAGAAAGGAAUAUUGUACACAUAUUCACCCCAAAAAGGAAAUACAAUGAUAUCACAAAAUGCACCUUAUGCUACCGAUAAUAUUAAGAGCAAUGAUAAGCUAGAAGGUUGGAGAGAACCGUCUGACCUGGAUGAGCACAUAGAAACAGCCCAAAAUAUAAAUUCAAUGAAAACCGCUGAUACCUUCAGAACUGCAAAAUACAAGGAAGUAGAAAAUCGCAUUAAACAACACACACAAUUAAUGAAAGAAAAAAGAAAGAAGUUAAGAGCACUACCCAAAGAAGAUAUGGAAAAAGCAAAUCAAGACCUUGAAACUGUUGAGCAUUUGGAGGAGGAGCUUGCUGAAUUGAAGAAGGACCUUCACAAGGAGUAUCGUUUCACCGCUUUUACAGGCGAGCUGCUUCCUACAGCAAAUAAUCUCCUGCCCACAAAUAUAUUUUCUAAAAUGACAUUUUAAGUGGAUGAAAGACUGUCUCUCAAGCAGCAGCCUCUCACUAGUUGUUUUUCAGGGGAAUCGGUUUUUUAAAAAGACUUUAUAAAACUAUGUAUUCCCUCUUUAUUGUUGAUUAUGUUUUUACUUCAUAAAGUUAGAAUUUAAUAUAUGUCCUAAGGCUUUGGAAUACCUUAUACCGUAGUAGUUGCAGUGUGGGUUUAAGGACAAUGUGGUUGCAUUUUGUUUUUGUUUUUUUUCCUAUCUUCUCAGAAUUCUUUUGUGAAGGUAUGUUUCAUAAUUUAAUAUGUAUUAAUGAGUCUUAGCAGAAAUAGAAAAGUUUUUAAUGUAAUUGCCUAUUGUGCUAAUUCUGGUAUAGUAACCUCAGGAAUCAAAUAACAACCCUUCUUGAUGAAGGUUUUUGGGAAUGGGAGGUGAUCAACUUGGCAUUUCAUCACUCCUAAACCAAUGGAUCCCUCCCUCCCCCCCCCCCCAAAAAAAAACUGAUUGAGAAGAUUUAGAGUGAUAUUUCGCUCAUUAGCAUCUGUGUGCCUUAGCUGAGAGGCCUAUUUUCCAAGUUAAGAUAAUGUUUGGCUUCAAAGUUUCUAACCAUUUAUCAGAUUUUAUUUUUGUGCCCUCAAAAGUGAUAAAACUUGUCUCUGAACUUGGAUCCUCAAGGAUUCUGUUAUUACAGAAAUGUCAAGGCUGAUAGAAAGCUACACACUGAACUUGAGGAGCUAUGGGUAGAAAACAAAUCUCCCUGAAGCAAUUAUUCAUCAAAUGCAUUUUAUCAUAUUAAGCAAAUAACUUUAACUGAGAACCAUUGCUAGUGUCUCCAUGUGUGAUGUUUGGAAUCAUUUAAGGAAUGCAGAUACUUUACUUAAAUACCAAGAAAUCAGUAGCAAAGUGGUCAAGAGUAAAGAGACUGCUCUGAUCUUUAUGUAUUUCUUUAAUUGAUUUAUGUAACCACCCACUCAUCAUAUAACUCAGCCUCCUUAGAUUUAAACAAUCUGUUAAAGACAGGAUAUGACUGUACCAGCUGUAUUUCUCUUGAUACAAUAAACAGCUGAUGUUUCUUCUCUG